UCAGAGUCGGGCGACGACUGUAUUCAGUGUCCAUUCCAUGGCUGGAGGUUUGGCGGAGACGGACAGUGCAAACGCAUACCUAAUCUCAACGAGACAGAGCCUACAAUCACCGGUAAAAUGACCAUCUAUUUACUCGGCGUGGAGUUAAUCACUUUACCCACUAAACUGUGUCACGUGUCACCAGUGACUGAUCUGCUAUACAUUGGCACAGAUGACUCAUUGUUGGGCACCAUAUUAGUUUUGGGUAGUGUUGUUCCAUUGCAGCAUAGUGAAACGUUGGCCAGAAUAACAUUAUUCUUUAAGUCAUCUAUUUUCAGCAAGCUAUAUUUGAUAGCAUUUAAGUAUAUGCUGAAUGUACAGCUUGAUUCGGAUGCUAUGAUCUUGAUAAAUUCUCAGUCACCUCAGCGCCCGAUAUUGACCCGCAAUGACGAGGCAAUUGUCAGCUAUGACAAAUAUUGUUCGGCUCAAUACCCUAACCGACAACUGUCGACCGCAUUUGGCCAACCGAUGGUCGACAACUAG